AUGUAUGAUAAAGCCAUGAAAUUGUGCCUUAGGUAUAAAAUAUUUCUUGUUUCAGAACUACAAGUAAGUCCUAUAAAUGAUGGAUCAGCCAUAAGCUUUUUACACUUAAAUUCUUUUUAUUUAACUGGGAUACUGAGUUACGAGAAUUUAAAUGAAAACAAUUCAACCUUAGGCUAUACAAAUAUUAAAUACCAUGUUAAAUGGAUUCGUGGAGUUUUAAACAAACAUUUCGCAGGGAGUUCGUGCGUUUUACCGACUGUCGAAGGAGUUGUAUAUACUUAUGAAGGUUCUGAUACAAUUUUAUCUCACGGGACAUUAAUUAAUCAUAAUCUUACUGUUAUUGAGAAUUGUGAAAUUGGAUAUCAUAAAGCUUACACCAAUAGCUCUAGGUUUUGUCAGGGAAAAGGAAAAUGGUUAUCCAAUUUUGAUAAAUUGUGUUUCAAAAUGUGUCCACCUCUAGAAUCAAAUAGUUUGGAUAUUAAAUGUAGUCAUAAUGGUAAGUAUGCUAAUUGUUCAAAUUUAUCGUUACCCGAUACAAUAGCAAUACCAUCAUGUAAGCCAACAUAUACUACACCAAAUGGACAAGAUGAUACUCCACUUGAAUUACUUUGUCAAUCUAAUGGAACGUGGAAUAAACAACUAUAUAGAUGCAAUUCAUGUAAUUGUAUUUUUUUGUCAUAUUAUGUCUAAUUUAUGUGACAUCUAUUUUAUGCAUCAGUGGCGUAUCUAGAAUUUUUGCUGGGGGAAGGGGCAUUGUCUUUCUCCAAGUUUUACGACACAAAUAUUUAAAAGCAGCCCAAUUUAUUAACCUGGAUGCCAGGCCAAAUGAGUGUGGCCACCUGCCCCACUUAACUACGCCACUGGUGUGUAUUAUUAAUGAUAACAUUAUGGAAGAACAAAGAAUAGACAUUGGUUGUGCAUAAUCGUUUGAUUUACAAUUUUACACAGUCAUUAUCAUGUAUAUUCUUAGGUUUUAUUACUUAUUAAUUGCUAUCAUGUAAAUUUUAGAUUCUGAGCGGAGCGAGGAAGCUAGGUAUUGGUUUUACAAUGGUGUU